AUGUUACGGCUACCAUUUGUCUAUAGACACGUCCCCAACUCGCAACCGGAGCCUGCUAUUGCCGAUACAAGCUCAUCGGACAGUAUACCACUCACAGAAACAGAUAUGUAUUCCAGGGCUGGCAGUCUAGGUAAUAUGCAGGCUUUAUCUGUAUUGGGACCCGAAACAGCCCAGCAGAUAGAGGCACUUGCACGGCAAAGGGGUUUUACAGUACCAGAUGAAGAAGAUGGAAGUGUAUCCGAUUAUAUAGCCCAGUUAAAUACGGAUGAUGAAUUCGAAGGGGAAGAUGCGGAUAGAGAUACAGCCCAAGAACAGGCCAGGAUCAACGCCAUGAUGAUCAAUAGGAUAUUUUUAGUACUCGUUAUAGCGUUUGUUCUGGCUGCGAUUGCUAUAGGUGUGGUGGUGCUGGUGUUGGGUACGGCGCCCACGUCCAGUAGUACAAAAUAUAGGCCGAAAGUGCUGUAUAACG